AUGGCCGGCUCCCAGCUCAAGCGCCUAAAGGCGUCGCUGAGAGAACAAGGAAUUACAGGCCCUCAAAAGUCCAAGAAGCAGCGGCGGAAGCAGGCUCAGGAUGACCCGUCUCGGAACGACAAGCGUCUGCAGAGAGGCGUUGUUCUCGAGGGCAUUCGAGAGCAAUUCAAUCCGUUUGACCUCAAACAUGCUGCGCGCGGGCCCAAGUUUGAGGUGACUACCAAUCGGCCAAAGCCUGGAAAUGCUGCCAUCAAGGGACGACCUGGUCUGGCCAAAGCUGCCGCCGAGGAAAAGCGCAAGCAAACCCUCCUCGUGGAUAUGCAGCGUCGUAACAAGGUCGGUGGUAUUCUGGAUCGACGAUUCGGCGAGAACGACCCAACGAUGGCUCCUGAAGAAAAAAUGCUGGAACGAUUUGCCAGAGAAAAGCUGAAAUCGCACAAAAAGAAUUCUCUUUUCGAUCUGGAGGAUGACGAGCCAAUGGAUGGUUUGACACAUAUGGGGCGAACCUUGGCUUUUGACGACCAGGAGGAUCCAGUGGACGACUUUAACGAGGAUGACCUCGAGGAGGAUGGCGAAGAUAGCGAUGGAUCAAGCCGCGAGAAGCGACUUAAGCGCCUGCGCGCCAUCAUCGCAGCAGGUGAAGAGGAGGCCGAAGAGGGCGAACCCGAGCGUAAAAAGACAAAGAAAGAGGUCAUGGAAGAAGUCAUUGCAAAGUCAAAGCUUCAUAGAUACGAGCGACAAGCGGCCAAAGAUGACGACGAGGACCUUCGGACGCAGCUCGACAAGGAGCUUCCCAACAUUCAACAACUUCUCUCGUUUGGUAUCAAUAAGCGUCAAGACAAUGCUGCGCCGUUGUCUGCCAUUGCGGGCGUCGAACGAGACGCCUUUGACAAGAAUUUCGAUAUUGAAGUCAAACGACUGGCUCAAGAUAAGAGGGCGCAACCGUCCAAUCGCACCAAGACAGACGAGGAGAAGGCAGAAGAAGAGUCUACCAAACUCAAGAAGCUUGAAGAAAAACGCCAGAAGCGAAUGAUGGGCGAAGAGGUAUCAGACAGCGACGAAGACGAAGCGGAUAAGAAACGCGACCAAGUUUCUGGUAAUAUGGAAGAGGAGGAGGACGAUGACGAUGAAUUCGACCUCGGACAGGGUAUCAAGGCUAGACCGACAGCGACGGAGCUGGGCUUUGAUGAUGAGGAUGACUUCAUCAUCGAAGACGACUUGGUGGCUAGUGGAUCUGAUCUGGACCUUGCAGACAGCGACGACGAUUUUGACAAUGAAGGUGAAGGAGAUGACGACAGCUCCGCAAGCCAAGCCGAGAAUAAUGAAGAUGACGAUGACGAAUUCACAAAGGGUCUAUUGAACGAAUCCGAAACUAAAAACCCCAUAUUCCAAGCAAACUUCUCUUCCAACGACAAGCACGACGAGAACGGAUUACCAUUCACCUUCCCUUGCCCUCAGUCAUGCUCCGAGUUUGUGUCCAUCACCAAAGAUUACGACCAGGCAAAUUUGCCAAAAAUCGUCCAGCGCAUUCGAGCGCUACACCAUCCCAAACUUGACAGCAAGAACAAGGAAAAGCUAGCGAAUUUCGCUGUGGCCUUGGUGGACUUUGUGGCUCUUCCUUGGAAUGCAGAGACAUCACCAUCCUUCUCCGUCUUGGAAAGUCUUGUGCGUCACAUUCACUCUCUCUCUAAGAUGUUUCCCCUCGAAAUUGCCAAGCAGUUCCGGCAUCAUCUUGGAGAGAUCAGCCAGACUCGACCCAUUGCGCUGCAGCCGUCAGACCUGACGCUUCUCACAGCGAUUGGGACCAUCUUCCCAACGUCCGAUCACUUCCAUCAGGUUGUGACCCCUGCAAUGCUCACAAUUGGCCGGUACAUUGGCCAAAAGGUGCCUCGAGAGAUGUCAGAUUACGCCAUUGGAACCUACCUGUCCAUUCUGUCCCUGCAGUAUCAACAGUUGGCCAAGCGCUAUGUUCCCGAGGUGAUGAACUUCUCCCUCAACACAAUCUGCUCCCUUGCACCAACAGCCCCGUCACAUCUCUUGGGUAACUUCCCGAUCCAUGAACCACCGGCUGGAAGCCGCAUUAAAAAAGCCAAGGCUGUUGAGCUAAGGCGUCUAAACCUCUCCGACUGCUUGCCUGAAACUUCACAGGGGGGCAGCAAUGCUCUCAAGAUUGCUCUGUUCACUACAACUAUUCAAUUGCUCGAUGCUGCUGCAGACUUGUGGACUGGAAAGUCUGGGUUUUUGGAGACUUUCAACCAAGCCAUUGAAGUUUUGAGUCACAUCAACAGCAAGUCAUCACGAGAGCACCUCCCGGCAGCUGUAAGUGAUAAAGCAGAGAGGCUAGAAGAGAAGUUGAAGCGGAUGUCGCGAGUCUCACAGCUAUCACGCCGGCCUCUGGAGCUUCACCACCACAAACCCCUCGCGAUCAAGACGUAUAUACCCAAGUUUGAAGAGACGUUUGAUCCCGAUAAACACUAUGAUCCUGAUCGCGAGAGGGCCGAGAUGGCCAAACUCCAGAAGGAGCACAAGAAGGAGCGCAAGGGCGCCAUGCGGGAGCUGCGGAAGGACGCCAACUUUAUGGCGAGAGAGAACCUCCGGGUCAAGAAGGCAAAGGACGAAGCCUACGAGAAGAAGUACAAGAGACUCAUUGCCGAGAUUCAGAACGAGGAGGGACGAGAAGCGAAUGCUUACGAGAGGGAGGCCAAGGCACGCAAGCGAGCGAACCGCAAGUAG